AGAACCACGGGCGGGUUGUGUGGUCGUGCUGACGUCACUUCCGGGUUGUGGGUUAGGGAGGAGGAAGAUCGAAUGUGGGUCUGUCAUGUCUGUCAUGUUUGAUUUGAAGAUGGUUCGGCUCGCUGCUGCUGACCGACGCUAGCCGCUCAAGCGGGACAUGUCAAGCCAACAGGGGUUCACUCUCUCCGGAAAACAGUUCGAAGCCCUGUGUGCAGCGUUUGAAACAGCAGACGUUCAGAAGCGAGGCUCCAUCGAUGUGCAGAUCGUGCCAAAACUCGUCCAAGACGUCCUAGGUUCCAGUCUAGCGCCAAGUGAGAAGGACGCCAUCCGACUCCGAGCAGAGAGCAAGGCGAAGAAAGGUGUUUUGUAUUUUGCUGAUUUUGUGGAAGUCAUGUCGGAGACGCUGCAGACGACCACCCAGUGGGGGAAGCUGACGACGACGCUCAGCGGAUAUGUCGGCAUCGACACACUCCAGGAGCAGAUGAGAAAAAAGGCGCUGAAACGAGGCUUCGAGUUCCACAUCAUGGUCGUCGGUGGCAGUGGUCUGGGGAAGUCUACUCUGGUGAACACCCUGUUCAAGGCACAGAUCAGCAGACGGUCCUGCACCAACGAGUCGGAGGGCACCAUCCCCAAAACUGUGCAGAUCAAGUCUGUAUCACACGUUAUUGAAGAAAAAGGUGUGCGGUUAAAGCUGACUGUGACGGACACACCAGGGUUCGGCGACCAGAUCAACAACGAAAACUGCUGGCUCCCGAUCCUGGAGUUUAUCAACGACCAGUACGAAAAGUACCUGAGCGAAGAGGUCAACGUGAGCCGCAAGAAACACAUCCCCGACACGCGUGUCCAUGUGUGUCUGUACUUCAUCUCACCUACAGGACAUUCCUGCCGACCUCUGGACCUGGAGUUCAUGAAGAGACUUGACAAGGUCGUGAACAUCGUGCCGAUCAUCGCAAAAGCCGACACCCUCACACUGGAGGAGAGAUACGCCUUCAAGAAAAGGGUCCGAGAGGAUCUAGAGUUCCACGGGAUCCAGUUUUACCCCAUGAAGUCACUGGAUGAAGAUGAGGAAGAGACGGCCAUCAACCAGGCACUAAGGGAGAAGAUGCCGUUUGCGAUCGUGGGCAGUGACCGGGAGUACCAGGUUAAUGGCAAGUCUGUCCUCGGACGCAAAACGAAAUGGGGACUCAUUGAAGUUGAAAACAAGAACCACUGUGAGUUUGCCCUUCUCAGAGACAUGCUCAUCAGAACCCACAUGCAGGACCUGAAGGAUGUGACCGACUCCAUCCACUACGAGAACUUCCGCCGCGAGCGACUCGAGAUGCACUCGGAGUUCGCGGGCCCCACGCCGCCAUAUCACGAGAUGGGAGAAUCCAACCUCUGAUCGAGCAAACCCGGUCACUCUUACUGCAGAAUGUUGCAGUCCCCUCUCUUGCUGUGCUAGCGCGGUGGGGAGAAUCUUGACACUGAUCAGCAAGAGUUGAAGACGUCCUGAGGACUGGCUAGACCGUGUAGCACCUCUAUAAUUCCGCAUGAUGCAGUAUUCUCUUAGCGUAGCAUUAAUAACCAGAGUUACAGUAAUUAUUCACUCUUUUCUAUACCGUAGUUAUAGAAGGUAUAAUACACACUAGAGUUAUUACCCCAUACUUGAUUAAAGGUUAAUAUAUUAUAUUAUAUUCACACACAGUUGGAUUAUUAACUUGUUCAAAAAAAGUGGCAAAGAAAGUGUAAGUUACACGUAUUCUCGUCUAAAAAUGUUAAUGAAAAAUGGCAAAACUUCUCCAAAAUGGUCGUUCCUAAAGAGAAAAGUAUCGACUUUUGCGUAUCCGUGCCACAAGCUUUUGUAGACUUCUCGUCAUUUAAUGUCACUAAGUAUUUAUCGAUAAGCUGAAACCUGAACGGCUUCCUAUGUAUUCAGUUUCACCUGCUAAAUUAAUAAACAAGAGCUCUGCACAGACAGAUCCAGAAA